AAUGUUUUAUGGAAAUGUAAUCGUCCAACCAUGGAUCGAAUUAAAAAGAUUCGAACGGAGUUGAAGUUCCUUAGAAGUUUAAUCUGCUUUGUUUCCGACAGAUGCAUAGGAACUCAUAGCCAACAUACUUUUUUCACCCAUGUUUUGGUUGUGGCCAGGCAAACAGCAAUGCUUGCCUGGUUGCUUUUACCUGGCCAUGAACAGUUGGUUCCAGGAGAAAUGGAUGAUUUGCCUUCUGAUCUUGAAAAAAGGAUUCAUCCCAUUGAGUCAUGCAUCUGCAAUAUCUAUGUCGGUGUCUUGCAAGAUUUGAAUCCAGUACAAUCACCAUGGUAUCCUGUUAUCCGAAUUGAUUAUGUAGUUGAUUGCCAGGUUAGAUUUUUGGAGACGCUUCUGCACCAUUUGGAAGGGAUACCAACCAUAGCGAUAAAGGCAAACCUUCAGGAGAUGCUCGAUAUCUUGAGAGCUAAUUUCAUUGAUCUAGCCGUACAGGAAAUUGGAUUUCCUCUUCAAGAUAUCGACUCUGUGAUUGUUGAUGCAGGACUUCUGGUUUACUUGUUAAAUGACAACGAAAAGGAUAAGGAAGUCAUGUAUUUGAAAGAUAAAGUUCAAAGACUAAUUCUUGAUAUCCACGGCAACAUUCAGAGUAUGCAGGCACUGAUUUACAUCCACACUCGGAAGUCAUUUCUCCUUCAGUGCAACUUAACCAGUAUUAGUAGACAGUGCUUUACUGAUUUCAAUUUAGACAACUUGAAGGAGCUCCUAAGCCACUAUUCAGAUUCACUUGCUCCUUUCAAGAACCCACUGCAGACAAUUCAGAAAGAAACCAAGUACUUCCAAGCUGUUGUAGAACAGAAAGAUGGACUUCAACGUAUUGCAUCAGAGGUGAUUGGUUUGGUUUAUGAGGUAGAAUAUAUGUUUGAUUCUUAUAUGAAAAAGGCUGUUCCAGAUUGGUGUCUUUUCCUGUGGAUCUUGCACAUUGCGAGGGAGAUUAGAUUACUUAUGACAGAGGUAGAAGAGGUUCAAGAAAUGGAUGCGUCUGACUUAGUAUUUUACAGCACCGGAGAUGCUUCUGGUGCGCAUACUUAUUCGAAAUCUGCUAGUGAUGCAAGCAUACAUGAUGAAAUGGUGGGCUUCGAGGAUGUGAUGGAUGAAGUAAGAGAUAAGCUUACUGAAGGAUCAUCAUGCCUUGAUGUUAUCUCAAUCGUCGGCAUGCCUGGAAUAGGCAAGACAACUCUGGCAAACAAAUCAUACUUUAAUCAGUCAGUUGUCUCUCAUUUUGAUAUACGUGCCCAAUGUUGUGUGUCUCAAGAAUAUACGCGGAAGGACUUAUUAUUAGCUAUUUUAGGUGAUAUUAUUGGUGAGACGGACAAACUUGAUAGAGAGGCUGACGAUGUAUUAGCAGACCAACUUCGCAAACAUUUAUUGCGCACGAGAUACCUUAUCUUCAUUGAUGAUAUCUGGGACACUAGUGCAUGGGAUGACUUAAGGUUAUGCUUCCCCAACGCUAACAACGGAAGUAGAAUUAUUCUGAUGACUCGGCAUUAUGACGUUGCCUCUUAUGCUAAACAUGUUAGUGAUCCCCUUGUUCUUCGGUUCCUGUCUAAUGAUGAGAGUUGGAUGCUAUUACAAAUUAAGGUAUUCAAUAGAGAAAGUUUCCCCCUUGUCUUAACGGAUGUUGGCAAAAGAAUAGCACAAAAGUGUGGAGGUCUGCCUCUUUCAAUUGUUCUGGUAGCAGGUAUUCUUACAAGAAUGGAGAAGAAAACACAUUGUUGGGAGCAAGUGGCAACAAAUUUAGGUACACACAUUCAGGCUCAGGCGGAAGACACAAUAAGUCCUAGUUAUCAGAUUUUACCACAUCAUUUGAAAACUUGCUUUCUCUACUUUGGAGUAUUUUCAGAGGACCAAGAGAUACAAGUCUCAAAAUUGACAUGGUUGUGGAUAUCUGAAGGUUUUGUAAAAACUCACACAGAGAAGCUUUUGGAGGAUAUAGCAAAAGAUUACUUGGAGAAUCUCGUUGAGAGAAACCUAGUGAUGGUUGCUAAAAGGAGUUCUGAUGGUAAGAUCAAGGCACGUCGCAGUCAUGACCUGUUGCUGGAAUUUUGCAGGGAGAAAGCUAAAUUGGAGAACUUCGUAGAAAGGAUAAAAGGGGACAAAAGUAUGGAUUCUUCUCAUAUUUUCCCUCCACAGUACAAGACUCCACGCCGUAUAUCCCUUUAUUCUCGAUGCAAUAGUGUUGGAAGUUGGUGUUUUUCUUACUCACAUGUGAAAUCUUUUCAAUUCAGGGAGUCUAGAAAAAUUGCAUUCUCUUCAAUAGACCAUGCAUCAUACAUUUUUAGAAGGUUCAAGUUUCUUAGGGUGUUAGAUUUGGAAUUCACAAUUAUUGAUUCUUUCCCACAAGAGUUAACUUUUUUGAGGUAUCUUGCUGCUCGCACUGCUGAACAAUUCAUAUUGUUCCCUUCCAAUCUUCUGAACCUUGAAACUUUGAUACUUCAAGGGAUUAGAGGACGAGUAUCAUUACCAAAUACAAUUUGGACAAUGGUCAAAUUGCGACAUCUGCACAUAUAUGACCAAGCAUUUUUCACUUUGGGCAAUGGAAAAGAACUCUUGGAAAGCCCCUCGAAAAUGUAUGAUUUGCAAACCCUUUCCUCAGCAUGUUUUUCUUGUGUGGACAAUGCGGAUAAGAUCUUGACAAAAACACCAAAUCUUCAGAAACUGAGAUGUGAAGUGUUGAAAUUUGAUGGCUCGUUCCCUGCGUUUAACAACCUUACCAAGGUUGAGAUGCUCAAGAUUUCUUCCGGUCCUACAUUGACAUGGAUCAAUCAGUUGAAGUUCCCAUCUAACCUCAAGAAAUUGACACUGUCCAAUUUUCGCAUACAUCUUAAUGCGGUCUCAACUCCUCCAAAACUUGAGGUACUCAAACUGCUAGGAGUUACCAUUAGUUCCAAUACAAGGGAAGUAAAUGAUGAGCAGCUCCUUCAACUCAAAUUCUUGAAGCUAGAAAAUCCUUCUUUUUCAGAAUGGGAUGUCUCAGAUGAUGCGUUUCCACGCCUUAAACACUUGGUAUUGAAAAGAUGUCGACAUCUGAAGGCUGUCCCUUCUCGCUUUGGAGACAUGCCGUCUCUAAAAUCCAUUGAGGUAAAGUCAUGCCACGAAUGGCUUGCCGAGUCAGCCAUGGUCAUCCAGAGAACACAAGUUGAAGAGAUGGGAUAUUCUGAUUUUCAGGUCUUAAUCCACAAAUAG